AUGAUAAUAUGUGCACCUUUAAAACACGAAAUGAAUAACCUCAUGAAUCAAGACAGAAGUCAGUUCAAAUCAUCUUUGAAAAACAUUUAUUCUGAUACAUUACAUGAUACAACAAUUAAUGAAGAGGACAAUGAGGACAAUAGUGAUAGUGAUGAUGAUGGCGAUGAAGAUGAUGGUAGUAGGGCUGAAAAAGCGUCUCCUGAUGAUGACACUUUAUCAACAACAUGGUGUGAUCCUGAAAGACUCGAACAAUUCAAUUAUAAGGAAACUACCUCAGAUAUUACCUCUUCUCUUGCAUUUCUGAGCCGACGUAUUACACGAAAAUAUGCCAGUGAAUUUAUUUUACCAGAUGAUACACGUAUUGCUGUCAGUCGUCUUGAAGGUAUAUUUCCAAUGGAUAACAAUGAGCAAGUUAUAUUAAGCUUAUCAGUUGGGCAUAAAUACAUACGCAUCGGCCAACAAGCAACAAAUAUGGAUCAGUCUUCACCAAUAACAACGCAAACUAAUCCUGUGAAUUCUUUCAAUAAACAAGUUUCUUCAAGUAGUUCAGAGAAAUUGAAUGGUUCUAAUUAUCACCGUAUUAUCAACAAACCGAGUUUAAAUCAUACUAUAGAGGAAACUAAUAUUGAUGAGAGUCUAAGUGAUAUGGAUUCACCACAUCAUGAUUUGAACAUGUCAGAAACUUCACUAUCAUAUAUUACUCGUGGAUUACAAAUUAUCGAUUAUUUAGAAGAUGAUCUAUGGGCAGCCACAAUUUUACAAUGUGACAAUAGUUCAAAUGCUGGUCUACUGCGACAACUUGAAGCUGGAUGUCGGCUAGAACCAGAGGCAUAUAAAAUGGAACGUGUACAAACUGUGAAAAAUCGUGAAACUGUCAUUGAUUUCCCUAGUAAACCAACAGUGAGAACAAUAGGUUUAAGUCGAAGUAAUAGUGAUACGGAUUCAAUCAAUACAACACUCACUGGAGUUGAUUUGGAUGGUGAAACAUGACAGAUUGAUUAAGUAAUAAUAAUUACAUACUUAUCCCUGUGUAUUACUUUAGACGACCGAUAAGUGUCCUAACACAACCUUGUACAUUUAUGCCCAACAUUUGUGUUGAAGACUUGAGUUCAUACCGAAUUUUUUAUGUUUCCCCUGCAUCAAAUCUCA